CGGCCGGCUCCGGAGCUGCCUCGAGCGGCCGGGCGGGCCUCCCUGUCGCGGCGCCGCUCAGGCUCGGGCUGGCCCGGCGCGGCCUCGGGGCUGCCGAUGGGGCGCGGGGGGCCGGGCCGGUGACGGCGGACGCCCAUGGACGCCCCUGAGGAGCCGCUGCCGCCGGUGAUCUACACCAUGGAGAACAAGCCCAUCGUCACCUGUGCUGGAGAUCAGAAUUUAUUUACCUCUAUUUAUCCCACGCUUUCCCAGCAGCUUCCAAGGGAGCCGAUGGAAUGGAGAAGGUCCUACGGUCGAGCUCCAAAGAUGAUUCACCUGGAAUCCAACUUUGUCCAAUUCAAAGAGGAACUGCUGCCCAAAGACGGAAACAAAGCCCUGCUCACUUUCCCCUUUCUUCACAUUUAUUGGACGGAGUGCUGCGAUACUGAAGUGUAUAAAGCUACAGUAAAAGACGACCUUACCAAGUGGCAGAACGUGCUGAAAGCUCAUAGCUCUGUGGACUGGCUCAUAGUGGUAGUUGAAAAUGAUGCCAAGAAGAAAAACAAAACCAACAUUCUUCCCCGAGCUUCCAUUGUGGACAAGAUAAGAAAUGACUUUUGUAAUAAACAGAGUGACAGGUGUGUUGUGCUCUCCGACCCCCUGAAGGACUCUUCUCGAACUCAGGAAUCCUGGAAUGCCUUCCUGACCAAACUCAGGACAUCCCUUCUUAUGUCUUUUACCAAAAACCUGGGCAAGUUUGAGGACGACAUGAGGACCUUGAGGGAGAAGAGGACGGAGCCGGGCUGGAGCUUCUGUGACUAUUUCAUGGUCCAGGAGGAACUUGCCUUCGUAUUUGAGAUGCUGCAGCAGUUUGAAGACGCUCUUGUACAGUAUGACGAGCUCGACGCCCUGUUUUCUCAGUACGUCGUCAACUUUGGUGCUGGGGGUCCACGGGCCCGCGCACGCUUCAGUGAAGCAGAGGGGCCUCUGAUGACGGUCCAGUGGGGGGGAAGAUCCCUGGAGCUGGCCGUGCCUGAGCUGCGCCGUGGAAGCUGCUUGCACUCAGUGGCCGGCAAGCUUGUGCUCUGGGCGCUGCGUUCCCGGCAGAGAGCAAGGCAGCCCAGGCCCCAUUCCGUGGAGCUGGCGUUGCAGGGGGAAGAUACCUGUGUGACUGUGUCAGUGGAGGCCGUGGCUCCCGCGGGCCGCGAGGCAUCCCGGGAGCCCCGGUGUUCAUCUCCUCCUUGCCCUGAUGUGGCAGAGACCCCUGCGUCACCAAACCGGAAUACAACCCAGAGGCCUGCGGACAGGUACAUGGAUGCCUACGGCCCAGCGGCAGGAGCGAGCGGCCGACAGGCCCGCCAAGCAAGGGCUUCCCCAGAAGGCGGCGCCAGGAAGCUGCAGUCACUGCUGCGAAGAGCCAGUGAGAGCACCGAGGUCACCAGGCAGACUUGCGGAAGCCAGGGCAGCAGCCCAGGGGAGGGGCCGGCUGGGGGGCCCCAUCCCGGGUACAAGAACGAGCACCGGCUCGGGGUGUCUGUCCCGCCGGGUGCUCUGGACUGCUGGGUGUUCCUGAGCUGUCUGGAGGUGCUGCAGAGGAUAGAAGGCUGCUGUGACCGGGCCCAGGUGGACGCGAACAUCGCCCACACUGUGGGCUUAUGGGGCUAUGCCACCGAGAAGCUGAAGUCCUUGGGCUAUCUGUGUGGACUUGUGUCGGAAAAGGGACCUAACUCAGAGGACCUCAACAGGAUAGUUGAUCUUUUGGCAGGUUUGGGAGCCGAGCGACCUGAAACAGCCAACACAGCUCAGAGUCCUUACAAGAAGCUCAAAGAAGCAUUGUCAUCAGUGGAAGCCUUUGAAAAACACUACUUAGACCUGUCCCACGCUGCCAUCGAGAUGCACACGAGCAUCGGGAGGCUCCGCUCGGCCAAGUUUGUGGGGAAGGACCUGGCAGAGUUUUACAUGAGGAAGAAGUCCCCACAGAAGGCGGAGGCCUAUCUUCAAGGAGCCCUGAAAAACUACCUGGCUGAGGGCUGGGCGCUGCCCAUCACUCACACGAGGAAGCAACUCGCCGAGUGUCAGAAACACCUGGGGCAAACCGAAAACUACCUUCAGACCAGCAGCCUCUUGGCCAGCGACCACCACUUAACUGAAGACGAACGGAAGCACUUCUGCCAGGAGAUACUCCGCUUCGCCGACCGACAGACGGACAGUCCAGGUCAGAGAAUCAUACUCCCUCUGCACUGUUUCGCACAACUGAGAGAUCUUCAUUUUACCCCUUCCACCGCCGUGGUCCACGUCGGGGGGGUCUUGUCCGUGGAGAUUACCUUGUGCAGCCAGAUGCCCAUUCCCGUCCACGUGGAGCAGGUGGCCAUCAGCGUCCACUUCAGCAUCGAGAAGAACAACUACCGGAAGACGGCCGAGUGGCUUACCAAGCACAAGGCAUCCAACGGGGUCAUUAACUUUCCGGCGGAGAGCCCGCCCUGCCCCGCGCCGCAGAGCCAGCUGCCGGCGCCCGAGCUGUACGAGGUGUUUGAGAGGAGCCCUUCCGACAACUCCUUGAACACCACUGGGAUUAUCUGCAAGAAUGUUCACAUGCUCCUGAGGAGGCAGGAGAGCAGCCCUGCGCUGGAAACCUCCUCCGGCGUGGCUCUGGAUGACGGGGCCCACGUGCUGAAAUGUAGCGGUGUGACUCUGGAACCAGGAGCCAACAGGCUAACGUUCAGGACGCAGGCCAGGGAGCCCGGGACUUACACGCUGCGACAGCUGUGCGCCUCGCUGGGCCCGGUGUGCUUCGUCGUCCCCCACCUGUACCCCCCGGUGCAGUACGACGUGUACUCGCAGGAGCCGCAGCUGCGCGUUGAGCCGUUGGCUGAUAGCCUUCUGGCUGGUAUCCCUCAGAAGGUCAAGUUCACUGUCACCACCGGCCAUUAUACAGUAAAAAAUGGGGACAGCCUGCAGCUCAGCAACGCGGAAGCCAUGCUCAUCCUUUGUGACGCUGAGAACAGAGCAGUGAUCUACUCCAACGUGAGAGAAAAGGCUUCUGAUGUGUUGCUCCGGGUUCAGUCGUCCGACAAGGUCACGAGCAUCAGUCUGCCCGCUGCUCCUGCGUACCACGUGAUUGAAUUUGAACUGGAAGUUCUCUCUUUACCUUCAGCUCCAGUAACUGGAGGAGAGAGCGGCGUGCUGGGGAUGACAGAGUCCCAGAGGAAGCACAAGGACUCGCGGAGCGCUGGCCGCUGCAUGGCCACCGCAGAGCACAAAGUGUCCAUUGAUUGCCCGUGGUCCAUCUACUCCACCGUCAUUGCUCUGACAUUCAGCGUGCCCUUCAGGACCACACACUCUCUCCUGUCAGCCGGGACUCGGAAGUAUGUUCAAGUUUGUGUCCAGAAUUUGUCAGAACUUGACUUUGAGCUGUCGGAGGGUAGCCUCGUGGGUCCCGACAGUAGUGCCGACCUGCAGCUGGUGCCGCUGAACACCGAGUCCCCGCAGCGCAUCUACAGCAAGCAGUCGGUGUUCUUUGUGUGGGAGCUGAAGUGGACGCGAGAGCCCCCCCCUUCCCUGCGCUGCCAUUUCUCUGUUGGAUUCUCCCCAGCCUCCGGGGGACGACUCUCCGUCCCCUUAAAGCCGUACACGUACGAAUUUCAAGUGGAAAAUUUUUUCACUUUGUAUAACGUGAGAGCGGAGAUACUGCCCCCGUCGGGAAUGGAGCACUGUAGGACGGGCUCGCUCUGCUCCUUGGAGGUGACCAUCACGCGGCUCUCAGACCUCCUGGAGGUGGAUAAGGACGAGGCGCUGACUGAGUCCGACGAGUACUUUUCCACCAAGCUCAUGUAUGAAGUGGUCGACAACAGUAGCAAUUGGGCGGUGUGUGGGAAAAGUUCUGGCGUCAUCUCCAUGCCCGUGGCCGCCCGGGCCACUCACCGCGUCCACAUGGAGGUGAUGCCCCUCUUUGCCGGUUACCUGCCCCUUCCCGACGUCAGGCUCUUCAAGUACCUCCCCCACCACUCGGCGCACUCCUCACAGCUGGACGCUGAUAGCUGGAUAGAGAGCGACGGGCUGUCGGUGGACAAGCACGUGGACGACCAGCCGGACGGCGGCAGGAGCAGGGCCGGCGCGCACCCGGCCCCCGGCGGCGAGCACAGAGGCCUGCCCAUGCCCCGGCUGCAGGCGCUGCCGCCCGGCCAGGUCGUCAACGCCAGCGUGGGCGCGCAGGUGCUGGUCGUCCCCAGCAGAGACGACCACGUUCUCGAAGUCAGUGUCACGUGACCACGCCCUGGGCCAGCGCGCGCCCUGCGCUCGGAGGGGUCCCGGCUCCGCUGCUCCCCGUCGCCACAUCCUAGCGCUCACCAGCCUCCUGGGGUCCUGCCUGGCCUGGGCGCGUCCGGGAACGUCCGUGCGCGGCGGGUCGACUGGGUUACGACGUCAUCUCUGUGUUGUCAGUGGUUAUUUCUUUUUCCCUCCCUGUCCCUGUGCUGGCGCCUCCGGUGUUUGCCUAGACCCCACCCCCGCCAGCCCCUCCCUGUCGUGGAAGGUCUGUGCCCUGCUCUGUCGCCCGGCGGCCUCCCCGUCCGCUGGUUCCUUACUCAGGCCGUGCGCCUUCCAGGGAGACACGCGGCCGCCCUCGCCGGCUCAGCAGUGACCUGUGUGUGCCUCUCUGGGCGCACGGCUGCCCUCUUCCUGGGCCAGGUGGAUUUGUAAGUCUCCUGCGGGACAAAACACCGUCCUUUACCCUGCUGAGUUGUGCUAUUCUAGAAUAACACCCUUUGAGGGCAGGUCAGCGAGGCUGAGGGCUGGGGUGGGGAGGGAACAGAGCCCCUCCUGGAGCCUCCAUUAACUGGAGCCAUUUUAAGGUACUUUGGGGAGACUAGACCAGGGCCUAAGGGACAACUUGGUAUUGAAAUAGUUUAGGAAUAAACGUUUCUGGAACCCCUUUCCCCCAUGAUAUUGAUUGAAUAUCAUAUGCACUUGGAAUUAAAUAUGUAUUUAUUUUUAUUAUCAUAUAUGUGGGGGUUGAUAUGUUGUUUUCUUCUCACCUUUUGAGUCUUGACAUGUCAUCGUCACUGUGUAAUCAAUACUUUUCUUUUGCACCUUAAGUCCUAGAGAUUAAGAGGCCCCAGUGGGGCCUGGAGGGGCCCUGUGCUUCUAGCCUGGUUGUGGGAACGACGGAAGUCUUGGAAUGUUCUCUGCUGGUCCACUAAAAUUGCAGUCAUAACCGUUACCAAUGGAUUAAUUUGCUCUCGGUUGUAAAUUUAAUUGUAUAUAUGGUUGAUUUAUUAUUUUUAAAAGUAUGAACUAACGGAUGUAAGUUUAUGUAGAAGUUGCACCAAAAAUCAAGGACAAAAUAAAUGUGUGUUUGUUUUUACUGGUGUGAGAGUCACAGCUUGUAAAUAAGUGUUGGCUGUAUGAACCCUUUUCCAGCUCGCCAAAGCAAUGUAUUUUUGUACGUAAGAGAUAGAGAACUCCUACUUCCCUGGGAAAGCGUGGUCGGAAUGGAGCCCGAGCAGCCUGGUGCAGAAAUGGGGUGCAGUCAGGCCCAGAGGGGCGGCGUCACGUAAACAAGCCGGAGAGAAGAGGGGCCUGCUUGUCACCUGCCGGAGGAGGCUGGAGGAGGCUGGCCUUGCGGGGCUGGGGGCACUUGGGGCGGCGGGGGAGAAGGGCAGCUCAGAGUCCUUGUUCCCGCGCUUCUGUGGCUGGUCUUUCAGCUCACUCGGCAAAUAAGGUGGUGUGACUCCCACGCGCCCCACCCCGCGUCUUUUCAUUUACAGAAAUUGGAGCCGUGUAAAGAAGAUCAAUAUUUGUGAGUUUAAUUAAACUUUUCAGAAAUUCAUCUUCCCUAGGUGCACUUUAAAACUAAUCAACUUGAUCAACUAGUUAGGCAAAUUAAAACUUCAGAGUCUAAUGAAAGCUUAAGGUUUCUAAAAUAAGUUCAUUUUGUUGUAAAAAUUGACAAUUGUCCUAAAGAUCUGCCAAGCCCUGUGGAUGAAGAGAUGUUUGAGAUGUGAUUCCACCAGAAACACCUCGCGUGGUCAGUCUCGGAGCCUCCGUGCCUAAUGCGGCUUUCACUCUACCCUCUGGAAUGGGGGACGUGUGAUUCGAUGAUUACCUUAUUUCUGUUUGAGUGUGUGUGUGUGUGUGUGUGUGUGUUCUAAUCCCAGGAUGAAAUUAUCUAAUUACAUAAUAUAUUUAGAGGGAGAAAAUGAAGGGGAAAUCCAAAAUGUUCAUGGGCUUCUUACUGUCCUCAAUUUGUAUGGGAUAAAAUUUAUUGGAGGUUUGGUUCCCCCCCACCCCCCGCAAUUACCCAAGAGAUCUGUUGCAACCCGUUACAAGGGUGCCUCUGUUUUUAUUUUGUUUUGUUUUACACAAAAGAAAAAUGUCAUCUAAACCUUUUUUUUCUUGAAGACAGUAAUUCGAUUUUUAUUGUGUUUAAAAUAAGGCAUAUGUGUUUGCGACAGGCUGGUUUUGUUAGUAAAGGUGUAGCAGCUGUUAAAUAAUCGUGAAGCCGGAUAUGGAAUGUGCAUCUAAAAAGCAGAAUAUGCAGCCGUUUUACAAAUCUCUGUGGAACAUGUAAAUACUAGCAAGUGGAAAAGGAAAUAAGUUAUAAUUUUGGUGAAUUUCAUGGGGUUUCCUAUGACUGGAAAAGUUAUAACUUCUGAGCUAAUGUGGAAAUUGUUGUAUUUAAUCUGAAAAUGACUAUUACCUACAGUCCAUUGUCAGCACAGCCGGUCGUGGGUUGGAUUCUUACAUUAGGAAAUCUUGGUCGAUAUCCCAUAGUUAGUAGAGAAAAUACACACAGGCUUCUGUCCAAUUCUUCCUUAGUGUUUAAGAUUGAGUUAUAAAAUGAAACACUCUGGAUGUGUGCACUAAAUGAAAAGUAUACUACUUUUUAAAGAACCAACUACGCUGAUCUGAGUGGUUUGCAGUCAAUGUGAUCUUUAAAAUAAACCCUACAUGAUUGUGGAAUUUGAUUUUUCAUGAAAGUGCCCCCUUUCUCUAAAUUUAUUCAUCAUAUAUGUCAGGCUGUAAGACCCUAAAGUAUCAUUAAUACAAUUUGCUGGGAUUCCGUGAAUGGAAAAGGUGGCAAGCUGGUGACUUUGACACUGCAGGUAUUAAUUCCAUUUUCAUGGUUUACUACGAGAGUCAUUUUUCACAUUAUUCUGUAACAUAUUGUUAGACUAAAACCAUUGUAUUAAGACUGUUUAAAAUGUAAGCAUUAUAAUUCUGAAAAUACAGAUUUUAAGAAGAAA